CAACACAGCUGAAACUUCAGUCAGUGAAUGUUAUGUCAAAUCGAAUUGUUUUUUAUUUUAUUUUGGAUUUGGAUAUAAGAAAUAUCUGCUAAUGAAGAAUUUACUACGAAAUUUUAUUUAAUUUAAGUCGUGUGGUUCUCAUAUGUUUCAUUGUCUCAUAAUGUUCUAAUGAAGAUUUUUGGAAUCAGUGUUUUGUGUUGCAGCUGCCUCAAUGAACUGGCGCCAUUUUAGUGAUUGUUUAUGACCUUUAUGAUUUUUUCUAAUAACUUCUCAUUUUCUGGUUGAAGUCUUAUUUUCCGCAAUUGUCAUAAAACGUUAUCGUCAAUAAUUUUUUUGAUAUUUCAAGAUGAACAGUACCCCACAGUCAUGUACCAAGUCGGGAGAUUCAGGAUGCUACUUUGAUACAUCUCAUUUGGUAUUUGAAAGCACACCGAAUUCAAAAUCAGAAAAUGAAUCUACUAUUUCGAGAAAGAGAAAAGCAUCCUGUUUGUAUAACUGUGACGUGAGAAAAUUAUCAGAAGUUCUGGAGUCAUGUCCACCUUCUCCCCAAUUUUCUAGUACCUUGAAUGAUUCUCUGAUGAACAAUUUGCAAAACUUUCAUCUGCAAAAUGAUAUAAGUACUAUUUGUCAAGAAGGACUCGAAAACUUGGAGCAUGAACAAUUGGAAAAUAACGAGGAAAAAUUAUUGCCCUUGAAGAAGAUAUUCAAAAGCAGUGAUGGUGUCAGGAAAUUCUGGUCUGCCCCUAAUACCCCCGAAAAAUUAUUAGUCAAAACUGUCCCACACAAGGCAAAUACCAACAGCAUUGUCAAGAAUUUCUCUCAAAUCAAUGUUCACACACAAUCACCCCUCAAUAAAGAUGCCUACGAUAUACUGUAUCCUAAUAUACCACCACUGGAUUUUAAAAAAACUCUCACACCACAAAAAUUCAAAACUUGUUUGGACAAGAGCAUCACUCCUGCAAAAAAGUGCCUUUUCUCUCUACCAAAAAAGGAAUUAUUCAGGAAAAUUGUUACAAAUAACAUUAUAAUGGAACGGAUUCUAAGGGAGCUCUCUAACGGAGAUCUCUAUAGGUUGGGACAAGUUUCUAGAAGCUUGAAGGAUGCUAUUCUAUUGGAUCCCAAAGCCUCCAAUAGAUAUACGGGGUAUUUGCGGGUUCAUCACAAUCAUAAGGAAAAUUAUAGGAUAACACCACCAUCUUCACCAGAGCAAAUUAUUGACUCCCUUAAGGAGCCUAGCCCAAAUUCCAAGAACUUUGUAUAUUUUUAUAAAAUUGCUUGUGAACUCAACAAAAACCAGUCUCUCACCAAAUGUCCUAGAUGCAAUAAGGCUUCUGUUGUGGAAAAUUCCAUUGGUCAGUGUCAAAAUAUCAACAGAUGUGGCUAUAUAUUCUGUAAGAAGUGCAACAGUUUUUCAAACAACCCGAAAGAUUUUAGAGACAAGUGCAACAAUGCUCAAAUUAUGGACCCAACAAAACCAAGGAAUCAACUAGGUGACCUCAGCAACUCAUCUGUUACUAGUGAUUAUAUGACGGAAUAUUCAACAUUCUUCUCGUCUUCAUUAAACCUCAAUUUAUCUUCCAAAUGCGAUUUUUCUGGGCUCAUAUCAGAUCGGCAAAUGUCAACUCCAAAGCUUGCAGUGAAGAGGAAUUUGUCCAAAUCUUUUAUGCUAUCAUCCGAUGUAAAAAAUAAGGUGCUCUCGUCUAACAAUAACACAAGAGUGGUAGCGCCUCCCCAGAAAUGUCAACGACGAACAUCACUUCUUUCUGUGCUUCCCUCAGAAGAUACCAACAAGUCCUAUGAUAUCAUGGAACCAUCUAGUCCACCGAAAGUUAAACUUCAUUCUGUGGGUUCGAAACAGAGCAAGAGAAACCUGAAAAGGUUGACUCGUUGAUUUUUUAACAGCGAAAGCUCCUUUUGAUGAAGAACUGGUUAUACAGUUUUAAAAUUUCAUGAAUAUGUUUUCUUAUUCAUUGUACAGUGUUUUUAUAAUCAGUCGACAAUAUUGUUUCAAAACAUGUAAUAAUUGUGAUAUUUACAUCAUUCCUUACUUUGUAACUGGUCAAGCAAGACAUGACAACAAUUUUCUUUUCAGAGAAUGUGUUCGAACUUGCUGUACUACCCCCAGUAACUGUUUUACUAUUAUUAUUUAUUUUUCGAUGAGGAUACUAGGAAUUUCAAUGAGAAUAUUCCUAUUCGAUGGCAAUUUUACUCAGAAAGAAAUGGAGGGAAUAUUUUUUGUAUGAGUGCUACUUUCUCCGGAACUAUUGUUUCUCUGGAAACAUUUUUUAUGAAUGAAAUGUAGUAACUGAAAGAUUGUCGAGUUUCCUUCUUGAAAAACUUUUGCCUUUCAUUCUGUUAAACUUAUUAAGUUGUAGUAUCAUAGGUUUAGUCAAGUUAUACACAGUUUUGUAAUAAUUUCAUUUUACAGUAUUGAAAAUACAUAUUGAACAUUUUUUCUA